AUGAACAAGGCGGAAACUCCAUCGGGUUCUUUUUCCGAUCUCCACUCGACAGCCGCAAUUGGUUUGUCGCCCGCAUUAGUGGGACUCCUAAUGGGCAUCUAUUUGCUUUGGUAUCUCGGAGGGUCUACAUUAAAAAAGCAGAGCACCACCAGCCAGCCACCUAUUGUCGGAUACCGAAGCCUUUGGGAACCUACGUGGUUGGUGCGACUUCGAUUUAUCCGGGGAAGCAGAAAAAUUAUCGGCGAAGGGUACGAGCAUUUCAAAGAUACCAUGUUCAAAGUGCGGCGAGUCGGGACCGAUGUUCUGCUCGUCUCCAGCAAAUACAUGGAUGAGAUUCGUACCUUGACCCGCGAUGCUACGGGGUCUGUGCCCCCUCUCGUCCAGGACUACCCUGGUGAAUAUACGCAUGGCAUGCCCUUCUUGCGUAGCGAUCUGCAGAAUCGAGUCCUUCAACAAAAGCUUACUCCAAACCUACCCUCAUUGGUUCCAGUCAUGAUUGAGGAGCUGGAAUUCGCCAUGCAAAUGGAGAUGCCUGACUGUGCUGAUGACGAAUGGACUACGAUCGACAUCAUGCCAAUCCUCUCACGAAUAAUCACUUGCAUUGCCUCCCGCAUAUUCCUUGGGCCCAAGGAGGGCCGUGAUGAAGAGUGGCUUAGAGCCACCGUGGAAUACACCAAGAAUCUCUUCCUCACGGGCAUGGCACUGCGCUUCUUCCCUCGCCUUCUCAGACCAUUUGUUGCUCCGCUUCUACCGUCCUACCACCAUCUAUGGCAGAAUGUGGCGACAUCUCGUCGCAUAGUCGGCGAGAUAGUACGUGAGCGUAGAGAAAUCGAGGCUGCAAAGCCGGCAGACUACACUAAGCCUGCAGAUAUUUUACAAUGGAUGAUGGAUGCAGCGACCGGCCAGGAAGCAGAGCCCGAAGACUUAGCCCAGCGGAUGUUGAUUCUAAGCGUGACAUCUAUCCACACCACAACAUUAACCAUGACUCAAGCUAUCUAUGAUCUCUGUGCGCACCCAGAAUAUUUGGACCCCCUUCGAGCCGAAGUGGUAGAUGUGCUACGUGCCGAAGGCGGCUGGGGCAAGUUGACGGUCAAUCACUUGCGCAAGAUGGACAGUUUACUGAAAGCGUCUCAGCUAACCUUCAACCGAAUCCUCCCAAAAUCAAUCACCCUCUCCAACGGAGUCUCCGUCCCAGUCGGCUCCCGCAUUGCUGUCCCCUCUAAUGCCAUGUUGAACGAUCCCUCUAGAGUGCCAGGCGAUGCGCCAACUUCCUUCGACGCCUUCCGCCACGCGCGGCUGCGCGAGGAACCAGAGAAUGCCCAACGGCACCUCUUCGUCAUGACCGAUCAUAAUAACCUCGCUUUUGGCUACGGGAAGUUCGCAUGUCCUGGGCGGUUCUAUGCUGCUAAUGAAAUGAAAAUGAUGCUGGCGCAUAUACUCAUCUGCUACGAUAUGAGGUUUCCGGAUGGGUGUGGCAGGCCUAGGAACUUUACUAUUGACUCGGAUAUGUAUCCUGAUCCUGCUACGCGGUUGCUUAUUAGUAAACGGUCUGGAGUUGAGGAGGGUAUGGAGGAGCUUCUAACGUCUGUUGCUUGA